AUGGUGAUGAAUCGAAGGAUUAUACAACAUUUUUUGUUUGUGCUCUUUCUAUGUUUGAUGAAUUAUGAUGGGAUUCGAGGCACAAAACUCCUUAAUAAGCCUCCAAUUAAAACGAUCAAGACUGAAUAUGGUGAUAUAUAUGAUUGUGUGGACUUUUACGAUCAACCUGCAUUUCAUCAUCCUUUAUUAAAGAAUCACAAUUACCAUCCUCGGAUGAAACCCUCUUUGUUUGUGAAAGAGAGUGAUCCAAUUGCAUCGACAAGUGAUACGUUCCAGUCAAUGGGAUUACCUGAUGGAGGUUGUCCUUCUGGAACGGUUCCUAUUAGAAGAUACUCUAAAGAAGAUUUUAAUAGACAUAAGCUUUUGCCGCCACCAGAAAGGGACAAUGAUUCCAAAACUAGAAGGAUUAAACCUUUGAAAGGAUACAAGGUGGCUAUUGUUACAACUGAAGACAAUCCACAUAACCAAUUUGGUGGAGCUUCGAUGAUAGCUGCUAUAUAUAAUCCUCGUAGUACAGGUCAACAACAUAGUGGAUGUCGCUUGAAACUUAUAAAAGGAAAAAAUAUUAUACAGACGGGUUGGAGAGUUGACCCUACUCUAUAUGGCGAUAAUAAAACUAGAUUAUUCGUACAUUUCGAUGAUGGUACAAAUUCUUGUUUCGAUUUGUUAUGUCCUAGCUUUGUAAUUGUAAAUGAACAAGUCACUUUCGGUCAAGCAUUUCCUCACAUUUCGAACAUUCAUGGGAAACACUAUGACAUGACAUUUCAGAUAAGAUGGGACUAUGGGAAAGGGAAUUGGUGGCUAUUCCUUGAUGAUGUAGCAAUGGGUUUUUGGCCAAAAGAAGUAUUUGAGGAUUUUUGGAAUUUUGCAACAAGAGUUGAAUGGGGUGGAGUUGUGUACAGUCCAGCUGGAGUAGUUGAACCACCAAUGGGUUCAGGGCUUUACCCUCUUAUGAAAAGUGCAACAGUUAAUGCAUAUUGCAGAGUUGUUACACUUUUAGAUGGCAAAGGUGAAAACAUUGAUAUAUUAGGUUCUAAGUUGCCAACAUUUUCAACAACUCCUACGUUAUAUGGUGUAGUAGAUGUUCCUGAUUAUGGAGCUUAUGAUCAUAAUCAUACCAUCCUUUAUGGUGGACCUGGUGAGAUCUAA